AUGGCUUCACAACAAGAUUGGCGCAAAGCUCUCAACGAUCUUCCGUCUACACCUGAAAACAUUCCAGCUUUCUUCUUCGCUCAUGGUUCUCCCGUUCUCGCCUUUCCAAAAUCAGAUGCAGGCUCCAUGGGAGAGAUGGGUUCCUAUCAAGGUUCUGCUGGCCCUCUCGCUCAAUUCCUUGCCGACUUUGGCUCCACCUUGCUGCAAAAGUACAAGCCAAAGGCUAUUGUAGUCUACAGCGCACAUUGGGAGACAGCGACCGAGCGUCGAGUCACCGAUUACAAGGAGGAAAACCCUCUCUUGAUGGAUUACUAUGGCUUCCCUCCAGAGUUAUAUCAGCUGAAAUUCAAGUCGAAAGGUGACUCGGCCCUUUCUCAGCGCAUUGUCGAUCUGUAUAAAAACGCAGGUCAAAAGGCGAGAACGACAAGUGUGCUCGAGAGCCGUGGUCAGGAUGGCCGCGGGUUCUCCGGCCCGGGACUAGAUCAUGGCGUCUUCGUCCCAUUCCGAAUCAUGUUUGGAGAGGAAUUCACUGAAAUUCCUAUCGUUCAAGUCUCCAUCGAUUCCAGCUUGGACCCAGCAAAAAAUUGGGAACUGGGUAAAGCUGUUGCUGACCUUCGAAAAGAAGGUGUUCUCAUCCUGUCGGGAGGACUGACGGCACACAACCUGCGUGAUAGAUCAUCGUUCUCUCCGACAACUGCCCGACCUAUUCACAAGGAAUUCGACAGGGCCAUCCAUGACGCUGUGGGAGUGGAAAAUGCAGAACUACGGAAGAAGGCCCUGUUUGACCUAACGAAACACUCGGGAUUCCGAGAUUCACAACCGCGAGAGGAACAUUUCGUUCCACUGUACGUUGCAGCUGGGGCUGGUGAAGGUGGGGAGGUGAGGACGCUGAUGAGCAUGUAUGGUAUUCCUACGUUUGCAUUUGGGGUGUAGCAGGGCCAGAGCAGGGUUAGCCAGGGUAGCGAGGACGUAUUUGAUUUAUGAAUGUCCAUAAGUAUCGGAUGUCAGCACCCGUUC